AUGUGCGUGAUUUCAAUUAAAUUUGGAAUUAAUUUCGGUUCCUUGUUCGAAAGAAACCAAGGGAAAACUCACCCUCUUCUUUUUCGCUUGAUUUUCCGUUUCUUUGAAGCCAGUGGAUGGGAGACCUCACUCUGGUUCUAGCUCUUUGAAGGGGAUAGAAGACGACGGUACCGGUUUUUUUUCGUCCGACUGACAAGUAUGUCGCAGAAGCUCCAGCAGCAGCUGAAGGAGGUGGGAUCGAAGCUCGAGACGCCUCCCUCCUCCAAGGACGCUCUCAUUAAGCUCUUAAAGCAAGCUGCAGCAAGCCUUUCGGAGAUAGAACAGUCACAAUCGGCUUCAGAGUUGGAGCCAAUGCAGCCUUUCCUUAAUUCAAUUGUCAAGCCUGAAUUGCUGAAGCAUCAAGAUAAGGAUGUAAAGCUUCUUGUUGCAACCUGUAUAUGCGAGAUAACCCGAAUAACUGCACCCAACGCCCCAUAUAGCAAUGAUGUCCUCAAGGAUAUUUUUCACUUGAUUGUGGGAAAUUUUAGUGGGUUAAGUGACACUGGUGGUCCGUCUUUUGGAAGGAGAGUUGUCAUUUUGGAAACUCUUGCGAAAUAUAGGUCAUGUGUCGUGAUGUUGGAUCUUGAAUGCGAUGAUCUGGUGAAUAAAAUGUUUAGUACAUUUUUUACAGUCGCCAGGGAUGAUCAUCAAGAAAGUGUUUUAUUGUCAAUGCAAACAAUUAUGAUUCUUCUCCUGGACGAGAGUGAGGAAAUCCGAGAGGAUCUUUUGUUUGUUAUAUUAUCGGUAUUAGGCCGUAAUAAACAUGAUAUUUCCGCAGCAGCAAGGAGGCUUGCGAUGAAUAUAAUAGAGAAUUGCGCUGGAAAACUUGAAGUUGGCAUCAAACAGUUCCUCAUAUCGUCAAUGUCUGGAGAUAGGCCGGUGGAUAGUCAAAUUGAUUACCAUGAAGUUAUCUAUGACAUUUAUCGUUGUGCUCCUCAGAUCUUAGUUGGAGUUGUCCCAUACCUUACUGGGGAGCUUUUGACUGACCAGCUAGACACUCGUCUAAACGGUGUGAGGUUAGUUGGAGAUCUUUUUACUUUACCAGGUUCCAGCGUCUCUGAAGCAUUUCACCCAAUCUUUUUAGAAUAUUUAAGAAGAUUGAGUGAUAGAGUUGUUGGUGUAAGGAUGACUGUCCUUGAACGUGUCAGAAGCUGUCUAUUGACGAGUCCUUCAAGAGCUGAGACUCCUCAAAUCAUCUCUGCCCUUUGUGAUCGAUUGUUGGACUAUGACGAGAAUGUGCGAAAGCAAGUGGUUUCUGUGAUUAGUGAUAUGGCAUGUCAUGCCCCGGAUUCCACUCCUGUUGAAACUGUAAAACUAGUUGCAGAGCGACUUCGAGAUAAAUCUCUCAUUGUUAAAAAAUAUGCCAUGGAAAGAUUGGCUGAGAUAUUCCGAACUUAUUGCAUGAGGUGCUCUGAUGGCUCAACUGAUCCCGGUGGAUACUAUUGGAUUCCUGGGAAGAUUGUGAGAUGUUUCUAUGACAAAGAUUUCAGAUCAGAUGCGAUUGAGUCUAUUCUAUGUGGGUCUCUUUUCCCUAUGGAGUUCUCAAUCAAAGAUAGAGUUAAAUGUUGGGUGAGAGUGUUCUCUAUAUUUGAUGGAGUUGAGGUGAAGGCGCUUGAGAAAAUAAUGGAGCAGAGGCAAAGGUUACAGCAAGAGAUGCAAAGGUAUCUGUCUCUACGGCAGAUGUAUGAGGAUGGGGAUGCCUCUGAGAUCCAGAAAAAAGUAAUGCUCUGCUUUCGCAUCAUGUCUCGCUCAUUUGCUGUGCCUUCAAAGGCAGAGGAGAAUUUUCAUAUUCUUGAUCAAUUGAAGGAUGCUAAUAUCUGGAAGAUUCUGACGAAUUUUCUUGAUCCGAGCACUAGCUUCCAGCAAGCGUCUACCAGUCGGGAUGAUUUGCUGAAAAUACUUGGUGAGAAGCACAGACUCUAUGAUUUUCUGAGCAAUCUGUCUGUGAAGUGUUCUUAUUUGCUUUUCAACAAGGAGCAUGUGAAAGAAAUUCUUCUGGAGGCUGGUAUGCAUAAAACUGCUGGCCAUACACAAGAAACUCAAUCUUGCAUGGAUCUGCUGGUGAUUCUUGCACGCUUCAGCCCAUUGCUACUCAGUGGAGUUGAGGAACAUCUGGUAACUUUUCUGAAAGAUGACAAUGAAAUAACAAAAGAAGGUAUUUUGCAUGUUUUGGCGAGGGCUGGCGGUACCAUCAGAGAACAAUUAGCAGCUUCAUCAAGUUCAAUAGAUCUUAUAUUAGAGAGGCUCUGUUUAGAAGGUACUCGACGACAGGCCAAGUAUGCUGUACAUGCCCUAGCUGCAAUAACAAAGGAUGAUGGACUUAAGUCCCUUUCUGUUUUAUACAAGAGGUUAGUUGACAUGCUAGAGGAAAAGACUCAUUUACCUGCUGUCUUACAAUCUCUGGGAUGUAUAGCGCAGACUGCCAUGCCAGUGUUUGAAACACGAGAAAGUGAAAUUCAAGAGUUUAUAAAAAGCAAAAUUCUCAGAUGCCAUAGUAAAGUAGAGGAUGGCAUGCAAGCAUGUUGGGAUGACAGAAGUGAAAAUUGUUUGUUGAAGAUAUAUGGGAUUAAGACGUUGGUCAAGAGCUACUUGCCUGUCAAAGAUGCUCAACUCCGGCCUAAUAUCGAUGACCUUAUUGGAAUUCUUAGAAAUAUACUAUCAUAUGGAGAAAUAUCAAAAGAUAUAGAAUCAAGUCCUAUUGAUAAGGCCCAUUUAAGGCUAGCCGCUGCAAAGGCGGUUCUACGUCUGUCAAGGUACUGGGAUUCUAAGGUACCUGUUGAUGUCUUCCACUUAACCUUGAGGACCCCUGAGAUUCAUUUUCCUCAAGCAAGGAAACUAUUUUUGACCAAAGUUCAUAAUUACAUAAAGGAUAGGCUAUUGGAUGUAAAGUAUGCUUGUGCCUUCUUAUUCAACAAGACUGGCUCCAAGCCCCUCGAAUGUGAAGAGGAGAAACAGAACCUAGUUGACAUUAUUCAAAUGCAGCGACAAGCAAAAUUACGGCAGCUGUCUAUGCAAAAUGAUGCAAAUUCAUUGACAUCUUAUCCCGAAUACAUUCUUCCGUAUUUGGUCCAUGUUCUUGCGCAUCAUUCAUGUCCUAAUGUUGAUGAAUGCAAGGAUGUCAAAGCAUAUGAACUACUGUAUCAGCAACUGUGCUUAAUUCUAUCUAUGCUGUUGCAAAAGGAUGAAGAUGUUAUGUCAGAAGCUAUUACCAACAAGGAGAAGGAGAGAAUCUGUGCAGUAAUCUCUAUCUUCCAAAGCAUCAAGUGCUCAGAAGAUAUAGUCGACGUCGCAAUUUCGAAGAAUUCACAUGCUAUUUGUGACCUCGGGCUGUCAAUCACCAAAAGUUUUGUUCAAAAGGAUGAUGAUUUAAAGAAAUUAACCACAUCGGUCUCCUUGCCUGCAAUGCUGUACAAACCAGUUGAAAAGACAGAGGUGGAUGACUCUCUGGCAAGUGGCGGCCAGACAUGGUUGGUGGAUGAGAAUGUUUUGAUCCACUUCGAAUCACUAAACCUAGAAAGGGAGGAAGCAAUUAAGACAGAAGCAGCUCAGGAUGAGAUACUGAAGGACAGUGAAACCGAAGGGAGUGAAGUGCCUCUAGGGAAAAUCAUAAAACGUUUAAAAUCUCAGGGAGCCAAGGCAGGAAAGGCCAAGAUGAACAAGUCUUUGCCAGCAGAAGAAAACAAUGACGACGUUGAUAUCUUGAAGAUGGUGAGGGAAAUAAAUUUUGAUAAUCUAGACUCAUCUAGUAAGUUUGAAUCAAGCAAUGGUCACAAGCAUAUUCCAAGGCCGAAGAUCAAAUCAGAUCCGGACCAUAAAGAGGUUGGUAAAAGAAAAGCCAGUGGUGCAACAUCUAUUCCAGUCCCUAAACGCCGCAGGUCAUCAUCAGCACAUAGUGCUUUCAGAUCACCAAAGAGUACUUCAAAGGCUUCUUUACAAUCUUCAGCAGAUGAUUUGCGUCAUGCAAGAAUUUCCCCAUCUGAAAUAGACGUUGACUUCCAAUCUGAUUCGGAAAACAAAAACUCUAUGCUGACAAACAUGGUUGAAGGCACUGAGUCAGAUUUGUUGGCAUCAUGCGUUCGAAAGAAUCGUAGUGUUUCAUCAAAACGUAAAAGCAAAGUUUCUGAUUUCACCAUCAUUGGGAAGGCAAAUGAAGAUGGAAAAACUGAUGACAGCUAUGCAUCGAAGUCUAAUGUUCUGAUGGAGUCUGAUCUGGCCAACACAACUAAUGAUGUUAAGUCUCUCAGUGGAUCGACCAAGAAGAGGAAACGAAGAAGCAUUGCAGGAUUGGCAAAGUGCAAAACAAGGAAAGCUGGCAUUGAUAUUGAAAACUUGACUGGCUACAGGAUCAAAGUUUGGUGGCCUAUGGAUAAGCAGUUUUAUGAAGGCACUGUUAAGUCUUAUGACCCCAUAAAAAGGAAGCAUGUGUUAUUAUAUGAGGAUGGAGAUGUUGAAGUACUCCGUUUAGAUAGAGAGCGGUGGAACCUUGUUGAUAAUGGCCGCAAGUCUAAAAAGAAACCAAGUUCAUUGAAGCGUCCCGUUUCUACAGGAGUGUUGCCUGUACUAGCACAAAAAACUUCAGGUGGCUCUCGUCAGGAUAAGAAGUCAAUAAAGAUAGUUAAAGGAAAAAGAACUCCAAAGAAAAACUUGAAGCGCUUGCAAAAAGGUGCAUCGAAAAGUGAUUUCUCUGAGGCCGAGGCCAAAGGGGAUUCGGAUUUUUCCAAUUCGGAACCCUCCCCAUCAUUGAAAAGUGAUCAUGUAAAAUCAGGUGAUACUCGAGGCGAGCAUGCAGAAAGGGUGGAUGAUAACCCAACAGACGAUGGAGAAUCCGAUAAGGAAGUGACAUUUACUUCUGGGGAAACAUUUGAAGAACGAGCGAAGGUUCUUAGCCAAAUAGAAGAAUUAGAUGGAGAGGGAAAAUCUGAAUCCACGGGAAAAGUUGAUGAGCCUAUAAAGGGCAGCCCAAAAGAUGCUGAAAAUCAUGAUGCUCAAGAGGAAUCUAUUUCAGAAGGGAAAGAGGCUGAUGAAUCAAAUGAAGCCUCUACAGAAGCUGAUGAAGACAAACUCGGUUCUGUAGAAAAGCAAGAUAUGAAUUCAAAGAAAUCCGACAUGGAAUUGUCGAAUCUUCCAGUUGAUGAAGAUGCUGAGAUCUCUGAUGAUGAGCCUCUUAGUAAGUGGACGCACAAGGUCGGGAAAUCAAGAUCAAAGCAAUAAGCAUCGGCCUCUGAUCAGUUACCAUAAAGAAAUUGUAGAAAUGCAGUUGUAACACGUAUAUGUAUGUCCGAUUCAAGUGCCUCCAGAUUAGUUGGUGAAAGACGCUGACGAUGAAUGAAGAUGGAUGCUCAUUGCCUGAACAUAAUAAUAGAUGUAUGAAGCAGUUGGUUAUAGCAUGUAAAAAUAGCAGUAGCGAUCCUCGGAAUUAGGUAGAAAGAAUGUUAGUAGCAUAUGACAGAAUAUUGAGGGUGAAGUUCUGCAAGCUGUGGAUAGUGUGUUAGCAGUGGUAGAUGUUGAAUAUUGAAUGUCUUGGGAUUUUCUGUACGUGGUGCAUCUGUCUAACCUCCAUAAUUGAUGAAGUAGAUACUAGAUAGGUGACAUGUACAGUUGUGGCUGGAAGGAUAGUCUUUUGUUGUAUUUAUGCUUUGAUCUAGGAAGAUAAUUUUACCUUCUGAUUAUUUGUUUUUCCA